CAAUCUGGCUCGGCCCAGCCACAUCUCGAUGGUGCCAACGCGCCUCCCUUGAGGCCUCCUCCGCCCCUCUCCUGGAGGCUGGCCCCGCCCCUCCCGCUGCGGCCCUAGCAACCACAUCCGGGGCUCCGCGGGUGCUGUUGCCCGGGUAAUUUUCUGGCGGCGGCCGGAUCACAGAGGGGUCUGCGCCCGGGUCCCAAUGCACCUGCCAGAGCCGGGAGCUUGCAGAAGGGCGCGCGGGCCUGGUGUUGAGUGGUCGGAGGUCUCCUGGAGCCCUCAGCAUCCCUUCUUUCUCACUCAUACACCCCAGCUUCACGCGUUAGGCUUCCCCCAGCAGACGAGGCAGAAGAUAUACCGUCAAGUCCUAGAAGCAGUCUACCACUUUCUUCUCCACCCUGAAGAGACUUGGAAAUUAAUGGGUAACAUUUUGCUUGAAAAUUACUGAAUGCUUUUCCUUCUUAUCUCGGAGGCCUUCUGCGGAGAAUUAAUAGGAGGUUGAAUGUGCGCAUGGAUAAAAUGGAUCAUCUUAAAGGAUUGAAGUUCCAAAAAUAUAUCAGCAGGACUGGACAGGUUUGACAUAAUGAGAUUUCUAUUUUAGCUUGACUUCUGGAACGCUGAAUAAACUAUAAACCGAGCCGCAUAGGUCCUGGGAAGGAAGUUUCUCUUCCAAAAUAUUCUAGCUGUGUGUAACAUUUUUCUUACUCAGAACCUUUGAAAAUAUAUUUACUUAUCAGUUUUUAGAAAUUUAAAGAAACAGCCACCAGAAAGACAAGCAAUCUCUACAUAAGCACUGGUGGAGAUGGCAGAAGCUUCCGAGGAUGCCUCAGCUCUGCCCGUAACAGUGAAGAAAAAGAAAAGUUUAUCCAUUGAAGAAAAGAUCGACAUCAUAAAUGCAGUAGAAAGCGGCAAGAAAAAGGCAGAAAUUGCAGCUGAAUAUGGAAUAAAGAAAAAUUCGUUGUCUUCUAUUAUGAAGAAUAAAGACAAAGUUCUAGAAGCCUUUGAAUCUCUGAGAUUUGAUCCAAAGAGAAAAAGACUGAGAACUGCUUUUUACACAGAUCUGGAAGAAGCAUUAAUGAGGUGGUAUCGAAUUGCUCAGUGUCUAAAUGUACCAGUUAAUGGUCCAAUGUUGCGUCUAAAAGCUAAUGAUUUUGCCCUGAAACUGGGACAUAAUGAUUUUAAGUGCAGUAAUGGUUGGCUGGAUCGCUUUAAAUCCAGGUAUGGUUUAGUAUUCAGAGCUCAACCUGUAGAAGCUACAGGUGUAUCAGUAGACCCUUCAACUGUCUGGCACCAAAAUGUACUUCCUUAUUAUUUAAAUGAUUAUCAUCCUAAAAAUGUUUUUAAUAUAAAAGAGACUGGGCUGCUGUAUCGAAUGUUACCUACAAAUACGUUUGCAUUUAAAGGAGAAACAUGCUCAAUCGGAAAGUUAUGCAAAGACAGAAUAACUCUGGUGGUUGGGGCGAACAUGGAUGGCUCAGAGAAACUUCCUUUGCUUAUCAUUGGAAAAAACAGAAAUCCACAUUGUUUCAAAGGUAUAAAAUCAUUGCCUGUGUGUUAUGAAGCUAACAGAAUGGCAUGGAUGACCUCAGAUGUAUUUGAACAAUGGAUGCGGAAGCUCGAUGAGAAAUUUCAAGUCCAGCAACGAAGAGUGGUGAUUUUUGUUGAUUCUUUUCCUUCACAUCCAGAGGUAAAGAACCUAAAGUCCAUUGAGUUAGCGUUCUUUCCAUCAUGUUUAUCUUCCAAAUUUAUAGCUAUGAAACAAGGUGUUAUUAAAAGCCUUAAAAUCAAAUAUCGACAUUGUCUUAUCAAGAAAUUUUUAAGCUCUGUUGAAGGCAGCAAAGAAUUUACAUUUUCUCUACUCGAUGCAGUUGAUACUUUGCACCUUUGUUGGAGGGCUGUAACCCCAGAGACUAUUGUUAAGAGUUAUGAAGAGGCAGGAUUCAAAUCUCAAAAAGGAGAAAGUGACAAGACAAAUGCAGAGACAGACACUGGUCUUGAUUUGGUUGCCCAUGCUCAGGCAGCAGGCGUGGAAUUUCCUGAAGGUUUAUCUAUAGAAGAGUAUGCUGCCCUCGAUGAUGAUUUGGAGACAUGUGAAGCUGCACCAGAAGGUGAUUCGGUAUGGACCAAAGAAAGUAAAUCAGAUGAAACUGAAUUUUAUACUUCUGACGAAGAGGAUGAUGAUGGAUCUCUAGGAACUGAACUCCCUUUGCCAUCAAAAAAUGAGGCAAUAACUGCUUUAGAUACUCUUAAAAAUUUUCUUAGAAGUCAAGAUAUGAAUGAUGAGCUUCAUAAUUCUUUAGCAGACCUUGAAAUUUUUAUUAACUCAUCAUCUAAAUAAUUAUUUGUGGUACAACAUCUGGAGAGUAAUAGCUUUUCCUGAUGUAUUUUACCAUAUGAGGUAUAUAAAGGGAAAAUACCACUUAAACAUAAAAAAAAAAAAAAAAACAACUUUGGUUUAAUUGCAUAUGUCUUUGACCUGAAUAGCAAAGUUCCCUAGGUAGAUUAAGUAAUGAGUAAGUAAAUGAAAAAUAUGAAUUUCAAUUUAGUAAGGUUUUGGGGAGUAGAAAAUGUAUUUCAGAGGCCUUGUACUGAAAUAUAUGGUAUAGAUGUCAAAAAUAAAAAACUUUCCAGCUAUUUGAUUCAUACAGGUUGAAUUGGUGAUUGCUAUUUUCUUUUUUUUUAAGUGCAGAUCAUGUUCUAGAAUGUUUUAUCUACCUCGUUUCGGAAAUAAAAUAUUAUAUAUUUAUUUUUAUAAAGACA